AGACCAAAGAACUGUCCUUGACACAACAACACCUUAAACCACAUCAUCAACAUCCUUUGUCACCGCAUCCCACGCCCUCUCUCCUCGUAGAACAGCUCAAAUACCGUUACAAUGGCCACCUCUAUCCGCUCCAUCCGCUCUCUCGCUCCUCUCCUCGACCGCGUCCUGAUUCAGCGCGUCAAGGCCGAGACCAAGACCGCCAGCGGUAUCUUCCUGCCUGAGUCCAGCGUCAAGGAGCUGAACGAGGGCAAGGUUCUCGCCGUCGGCCCCGGUGCCCUCGACAAGAACGGCCAGCGUUUGCCCAUGGGUGUCAACUCUGGUGAUCGUGUCCUGAUUCCCCAGUUCGGCGGUUCCCCCGUCAAGGUCGGUGAUGAGGAGUUCCACCUGUUCCGGGACAGCGAGAUCCUGGCGAAGAUCAACGAGUAAACGAUACCCCUUCACUACGAAAAGCCCUAGCAAAGACAAAUGUAAAACACGGUGUACCAAAAGAUGGAAACGAUUUUCGGGGGCGGACAUUUCGGCUUUGGCAUAGAAUUCCCGGUGUAUUGUAAUGUACGGCGCGUGGCGUGCAGCCGCGAAGUAGUCUUCCCGGGUGGACUGGUCGUCAGCCCGACCUCGCCAAUCGAAGUUAACUCUGCUCACUUCUUUUAUUUA